GACGACUCGUCCGGCGGCGUCAGAGAACAUGUCGCACUUUACAGUCGACUUUAGCACGCAGAGGGCGGGGCUUCAACGACUUCACUUCCUGCCAGUUCCCAGGGCUCCAGAGAUCGACGUCUCCAGCUGCGUCAUCCGGGACAAUGCCAUCAUGGUAUCCUGGCGACCAGCUACUGAGGUUGACAGCGAUGAUGACAUCAGUGUCAGUGGACCAAUCGAACGCUACGAACUCGAAUACCGAAAAACAAACUGUGACAUCUUGAUGAGAGCCGCAGGAGAGGCAUGCUGGGAAAAAAUUAACGACAUCAGAGAGACACAUGUCACCAUCUCAGGUCUGAAAUUUGACUCUCGCUUCAUCGUUGUUCGUGUUCGAGCAAGAAACAAGGCGGCCGCCGGCGAGUUCUCAGAGCCCGUCCCCAUGGAAACCAGAGCGUAUAACUUUGGGUUUGAUGCGGUGACGGCUCACCCUGAACUCAAGGUUCAGAGUGACACUGUGACCUGGGAGCCGCAGGGGGUCAAAGGUCACGACCCCCGACUGAGAGGAAAGGAGAAUAAGAGCAGCAGCAGAAGCGCCACGCCGUCCCCCAAUAAGACAGCAGGAAGUCGAGCAGGACGCGAUCGAUUCGCUGGGGAGUCGUACACAGUGCUGGGUGACCAGGAGAUGAGUGGUGGCUGUCACUACUGGGAGCUCCGCCCCCUGGAUGACUGGAAGUCAUUCAGUGUAGGUGUGGCCUACCGGGCAAGUCUGGGCCGCUUUGACCAAUUAGGGAAGAGUGCUGGUUCAUGGUGUCUCCACGCCAGCCAAUGGCUGCAGAGCUCGCUCGCCGCAAAACACAACAACCGAGCGAAAGCACUGGAUUGGCCGCUGCCGCAGCGGAUUGGGAUCUACUGCGACUACGACAACGGUGAUUUAUUGUUUAUCGACGUCGAACACCUUCGUCUUCUUCAUGCCUUCAAAACGAAGUUCAACCAGCCGCUUGUCCCCGCCUUCACU